AUACAUGAAUUCGAAGUCCUAAAUUUUGAAUUUUAAUUUUCACAAAUUAAGAUUUUGUUUUUUCGCGCCAUGGGACGUUAUCGAUUACAGAUAGCGCUGCUCCGUCAACAGUUUCCUCGAUUCACUGUGAGACGGCAGCAUAAGUCGCUUCACAUAUUUUCGCAAAACGUGCCGAACUCCAAUUCUAAAAUUAAUUUCCAUCAAUCCGCAUUCUCUUCAUAAAAUAAUUCAUUGUAUUGUACAUAUUUUAACGCGUACUAAACUGUUCCUUUAAUGAAAACUAAAUAUGACGGAUCCUAACCUAUCUCGCGAUUUCCUGAACGCAUGUCAAAAUGGUGACUUAUCGAAAGUAGAAGCACUGGUAUCGAAACACCAGGUGCAAGACUGGACCCUCUUCCGGCACUCGACUUCCGGUGACACCGCGUUACACGUCGCCGCGCGCGAGGGUCAUUUGAAUAUCGUUCGAUACUUGUGCGAGGCUUUCGAUAAACCCAAUUUCAGAAUCGAUGUUGCGAACAAAGAUAUGAAGAGGCCGCUUCACGAGGCGGCACAAUUUGCGCGCAGCGAUGUUUUAAAAUAUUUAAUCGAGAAAGGUGCGACUGUGGAUUGCUUGAAGCGCGCCGAUUGGACUCCUCUGAUGUUGGCCUGCACGAAAACCGGAAGUCAUGCGCACGAGUGUAUUGCAACACUCUUGAAUGCAAAAGCCAAUCCAUUUUUACGAAAUAAAGACGGGUGGACGGCACUGCAUAUGGUUUGUCGUUCUGGAGAUGAAGUUGCGUUUGAUUUGUUGGUGAACGAAUCAAUUAAAUGCAUUGAUGAUCGAAGUAAUAAUGGACGUAGCUCGAUGCACAUUGCUGCAUUUCACGGUCACGAGGGUAUAAUCGAUCGCCUAGCGGCGCUAAAUUCAAAUUUUCUGAACUCGCGAGAUUCUUCAGGGUCUACUCCUCUUCACGAAGCGACCAAGGCGGGUUAUUUAAACGUCGUGAAACAAAUUAUACAGCUGGGAGCUGAUGUUCGAGCUACGGAUAACGUUGAUCAAACUAUAUUACACGUGGCUGCUCUGACUGGGAAUACGGAAAUUGUUCGAUACAUUUUGGAUAAUAAUUUCAUCGAUAUACAUGCUGAGGCGUUGUUCAAUGUUACGCCUUUAGUCGCGGCUCGAAGAAGCAAUCAGUUAGAGACGAUUGAAUGUUUGAUGCAAUAUGGAGCUGUGAAAUAAAAUGAUUUUAAAUAACUACGGACAUUAAAAAUUGUGAAUUUCGAAACUUUCAAAGAUGCAUCACAAACGAGGGUCCCAAAAAUUAUUUUUAAAAGUAUCUCGAAAGAUUAAAAAUUUGUACUUUAUCCAUUACGAUGAAGUCAUAGAUUUUUGUAUAAUAAAAAGAUUUUAUUAUUUGAAUGCAUCAGUUUCAUCGGAGGAUACGGUUAAAGAAGCAAAGACGAGCCAGGAUAUUUUUAUUCAGAGAUUGGUACACAUUUAUUUAUCCUUUGUUCCUGUAUCAGACAGUCUUAAAGAAGCAUACAAAAAUGAAGAAACGGAGGCUCUUAGUAGAUCGGAGAUACCUAGAUAUUACAAUUCUUCUUGUUCGUUUUGUGUUCUUCCUUCUUCAUCUUCACGUGUUGUCUUCUGUUCAAUGUUGGUUCGUUCUUCGGUCUUCCAUUUCUGUUUCACUUGUUAAGCGUGCGCAGGCAGGCAAGGCAGGCAGGCAGGCAGGCGAUGAUUCACGGGGAACUUAUGCGCGUGAUACGUGCUAAAACGUGUCCGCGGUAAUUACCUUUUAAAUAUCACUUACAAACAGAGAACAUAAAUGGUAAGAUCACAGAAAUCUUCACGAAUUCUAAUCUGUGUGAAUCGCGCGACGGUUCGUAUCGAAAUUUCGCAGCUCUAACUGCCGUCUUUCGUGUCUUUGGGUAAAACGGUUUAGAAAAAAACGCCGAUUCGAAAAAUAUUCUGAUACUUUCAACGGAUGAAUUGGAUGGAUGGGAGAGAUGGUAGGAGAUGAUCGGUGAUUUACGAUGCUCACACGGAAUUAUUGAUUCUCUGCGAUCGGUUUUUUGCUGGCCAGUUACGUUGUACCGAUCUUUUUUCUUCUGCAAGCGAAACGAAAGGGUUGGCUAAAUAUCUCGAGGGUGGUUCGUUUGGAAACGCGUUUCGGCUGCAUGCAACAGAGAAAAAGUAAAGGAGAUAGAUCAGCACGCACGAUCGAAAGGAACAUCUCGAGAUUGGACAGGUGUACUCGAUCAGAGAGAAGAUCAACUUUAGCGCCUGGUUUCGUCGCGUGAAAGAGGAGAGGGGAGGGUGCAAGGAGGUAGGAGAGGAAGAAGGAUAUUUUAUAUUUAUAAAACGGCUAAGGAUAAAACAUGCACUGUAUAUCUGUUCGUCCGAUUAAUGUCGCACAUUUCCAUCUUCACGCUUCUUCCCUUUCGGUCGUUCGCUUACGAUUUUCCUCUCCUCUCUCCUGACACGUUCCUCUCGCAUUGAUAGCCUAACAAGUACUCCAUUCCAUAUAUUUACAUUCUCUCUCGCCUUCGUCCGAAUCUAUUUCUCAUCGUUCAUCUCCAUCUGUCGUUACUUCUCUUUAGUGGAGUUCGUUUAUAAAUAUCCAAUGAUUACUUGGGCUCUCUCGUUUAAUAGUUUUUUUGUUCGUUUUCUUUUACUUCCUCGCUUAGAUUUAUUUACACAUUAACUAAUUACGCUUGGGACUUAAGUUAAACCGCCUCACGCAUCCGCCAUCACGAUAAUAGUCACUGUAAUAUCCACUACUUACUAGUAACUUGUGUCUUAUCUAGUGUAUUCUUUUCUGUUUUUUUUCACAUCGAUCCUUUCGGUCGCCUCCCUCUCUCUCUUUCUCACGCACACACGACGCUCUCUCUCUCUCUCUCUCUUUCUCUCUUCUCGCACGUCUUUUUUUGUCCAUUUACAUUACAACGUGUUCAACAUGUACAAAGCCCUAUUUACAUUAUAUACACCUCGCUUCGAGAGUUUCCUGACGAUAACGUUCUCUCCUCCUCUUUCACACGCAACAAUCCUUUCAAAGUGACGUGACAAUGACGACAGUGUCCUCUUAUCUUCGAUGGCCCGCCGGUUACGCCGUUAUCGAUGCAAAGAAACGAAACUGAAGGAGCAAGUGGGAUGACAGAUAAAAGAAAAUAAUACGCGAAAUCGUAAAUCGAUUGCCUGUUCAUCGAUGUGUGCUAGGAAGUUGUCGCUACGUGGCUCGUGCACCUUAUUCGAUUACGAUUACUCGAAGGGAUGGAAUGUGGCUGCGUUUACGUUCAAUAAGGAAGAUGCAACACCUAUGGCACCACUGGCAUUUGAAUUAUUAUAUACAUUUACAUCGAACAAUUUUUGGAAAUAAAUCUCAAAUCAAAGUUACAGAAUUUUACAAUUUUCAGUGAAGUGCAUUUGCAAAUUAUAUAUUUAGCAACGCUAUAGGCAGCAUUUUAAAAACAAAAGAUUUUUAGUGGCUAUUAAUUUUGUUACUGUAUGUACUGCAAAGAAACAAAAGAGAAAACUUCCAAUAAUUUUAGUUUGUUACUAGUAGUGUCCCAUAGGGUAUUUUGUACCAACUUCCCUAAUCAUUUUGGUGGGCAAGACAUUUCGCUCUUACAAAAAUGAUAUAAAUCCCUGUCGCCUCGUGGACAGAUCGUCGUGGACGUUCGAGACGCGACGACACGCACUAUUUAACAAAAACAACUUCCAAAAAUUGAAAUUCGUCGGAACACACGCGUGGAACAAAUCCUAACCAGUUAAAACAACGUCGUCGCGUACCGUAACGUGUCUGUGAAUCGUUUCCGACACGGUAUUGAGCGAUCCGCGCGAGAGUCGUGGAUAUCGAGCAGUGCAAUUUGAAAAAGUGUGAAAACUUUUGAGAACUACUUAAGGACUAUUCAAUGUAUACUCUUCGUAGACUCGAUACCGUUCGACUGCGUUGCUCUAAUUGACCCGAGAGAUGCCUACCGCUUAUCGUGACGACGAAGGAAUGUAAAAGUGGAACGAAAAUGGCAACAACAAAGUGUAUGAAAUCAACAGUGUGAUUUUCAGUGACGAUACGCGACGAUCGUCCUCGGUUAUCUACGGAUAAAAAACGAGACGGCAGAAUUUCGUGGACUUGAAAGAAAUCACAUGUUCAUACACGCCUGAUACGGUACACGUUUUCGUUCUACCUUUAACAUCGUGGACAGAAACGGUUUCCAGAUGCUCGUUCUCCGUAUCUCGCUUGUGCGAAGGGUCUGAGGCAGCGAUGGGCAGAUCAAGUGCCCACUGAGAGGGUUAGAACACUGGUGUGCAAGCUUAGGGAGCCUAGGGACAACAAAGGAAUUGAAGAAUAAUCUAGAUCUAUUGAAGGUGUAGAAUCAAAAAAAGAAAGAUCUCAGGAAAAAUUCAGACUCUAUGAAGAGCCUAAGAAAAUGUAGGAAAAGAGCAAUCAUAUGGUAUCGUAAAUCCACGGAUUGAGAGCUUAAGAUGAAUUUAGAGAACCUCGUAGAGAAUAUGUAGGAAAAUAAAAUUAAAAGAAGAUGUCUAAGGAGAAGAAUAUCGGCAUUUUAACAAUCGGACAAAUACACCGCCUGCAGAUAACUCGCGAAUGCCCACUUGCACAUCCGUGCACCUCGUGGACACAGUUGCCCAGCACUGGUCUAAAGAAACCAGGAUAACCGCGAAUGGGUUCGCGCGAUGCCAGACUGAGCAAUUACGUUUCUUUUACAAGUCGGAGGAAACGUUCGCACGCUUAUUAGUAGCUGGUACCCUUAACGCUGAUUAUCGCUAUUUAUAAUUCGCCUAUAGAUUUAGUCGUCUUAACGUACAACGGUUUGCCGGAGAGAAGGAUCACGGCCGGCCCGGCUGAGCAGAGAAAUAAAUUAAACGAUGAAACGAUGUAAAAAGUUGUUGAACCAUGCAGAAGGUUGCGUUGAGUGAACUCACUGAGAGAAAUUUCGUCGAAAACAAGAUGGUUAAUAGGAAAAUUUGGCAGGCUUUUAUCUUGUGGGAACCACGGUUUUAAUGAGAGGAUGAAGAAGAAAAAAAUUGCAGCGAGUUGACUCAACGUGACUUUCUCCACUUACAUCGGUUCGAGAAGAA